AUUAUUUUUUUUUGGGCAAAUCAGAGAAGGUUACCAAUUUGAGACGAGAAGAGUAUCUGACGUCCAUCCUCUCCAAUAAUUGCAGUAUAUUAAAACCGCCAAACCUUAUAAAAGCAUUCUCACCAAUCAUCGAAAGAUUAAUUCACCAAAGUCGAAAUCACCUGCAUUAUUGUUAUUUUUUAUUUUUAUUUUUGGGCAAAACCGCCUUAGAGCUACGCCCUGAUUCGACUUCUCCAAUCUGCAAAUCAAAACCCUAGGAAAGGAAAAGAGAAGGCAAAAAAUUUGCCAGCGAACCUCCCCUUCAAAUCUCUACGUUCUUCGCUUUCUUGAACCGAUUUCUCCGCCGUUGAUUUAUCCGAUUUCGUGUGUACUAUGUCUAAUCCCUUGGCCACCGCUUCUGCUUUCUCUGUCUCCAACAUUUUCCCCUUGAUCAUCGAGAUUUAAUUUUUUUCCCAUUUUAAUCUUCAUAUAUAGGAUUUUGAUUUUCUUGAAUUCGUUUUUCUUUUUUUUUUUGGAGAACAAUGAGGGUGUCUAAGUCUCGGGUAUGGCAACCGUGCAAGAAGAAGAGGUCUUUGAUUAAUUGCAAGCUUUAGAAGAAAACAAAGAGAAAAAGAGGAUUCUUUUUUGAAAGAAAUAGGGAAAAAAAUUUAACAGAAAUAAGUAGGAAUCAGAUAGAAGGUGAUGGCGACUCGCACGAGUGCUGGGACCAGGACACGUGUGGGGAGGUACGAGCUAGGGAAGACCUUGGGAGAAGGAACAUUCGCGAAGGUGAAAUUUGCGAGGAAUAUGGAGACCGGAGAGAACGUAGCAAUCAAGAUUCUUGAUAAAGAGAAAGUUUUGAAGAAUAAGAUGAUUGGUCAGAUUAAACGUGAAAUUUCAACAAUGAAACUUAUUAGACACCCAAAUGUCAUCCGUAUGUAUGAGGUGAUGGCUAGCAAGACGAAAAUAUACAUUGUUCUGGAAUUUGUGACUGGUGGUGAACUUUUUGACAAAAUUGCUAGCAGAGGGCGGUUAAAGGAAGAUGAAGCUAGAAAGUUCUUUCAGCAGCUUAUUAAUGCUGUGGAUUACUGCCAUAGCAGAGGUGUUUACCAUCGAGACCUGAAGCCAGAGAAUUUGCUGCUGGAUGCUAAUGGAGUUCUUAAAGUCUCAGAUUUUGGUUUGAGUGCUUUACCUCAGCAAGUUCGAGAGGAUGGGUUACUUCACACAACGUGUGGGACACCAAAUUAUGUUGCUCCAGAGGUGAUAAAAAAUAAAGGCUAUGAUGGAGCUAAGGCAGAUCUUUGGUCAUGUGGUGUGAUACUCUUUGUCUUAAUGGCUGGUUUCUUGCCUUUUGAGGACUCCAAUUUAAUUGCUCUAUAUAAAAAGAUAUUUAAGGCUGACUUCAGUUUUCCACCAUGGUUCUCCUCAAGUGCAAAGAAACUAAUCAAGAGAAUCCUAGACCCUAAUCCGUUGACAAGGAUAACAAUUGCUGAGGUUAUUGAGAAUGACUGGUUUAAGAAAGGAUAUAUGCCACCUAGGUUUGAGCAAGCUGAUGUUACUCUUGCUGAUGUGGAUGCCAUUUUCAAUGAAUCAGGGGAUUCUCAAAACCUUGUUGUUGAACGACGAGAAGAAGGGCCUGUUGUACCGGCUACUAUGAAUGCAUUUGAACUUAUCUCCAAAUCUCAGGGUCUCAACCUUAGGUGUUUGUUUGAGAAACCAAUGGGCCUUGUUAAACGGGAAACAAGGUUCGCAUCAAAAUGUCCUGCAAAUGAGAUAAUCUCAAAAAUAGAGGAAGCUGCAAUGCCCUUGGGUUUUGAUGUGAAGAAAAAUAACUAUAAGAUGAAGCUUCUAGGAGAAAAAACAGGACGCAAGGGUCAUUUGGCUGUUACAACAGAGAUUUUUCAGGUGGCUCCUUCACUUUGCAUGGUUGAACUUCGAAAGUCUGAAGGAGAUACCUUGGAAUUUCACAAGUUCUAUAAGAAUCUCUGUACUGGGCUAAAAGAUAUUGUUUGGAAAAUGGCAGAGGAAGGAAGGGUGGAAAAAAAGGAUGGGGCUGCUGGUAGCUCUUCUCAAGCCGAAAGAGGCAGGUGGGAAGGCGCUGCAAUGAGAGAAGAGGUUAUUAGCUCUGGUGGGACCAUAGAACCCACUCCUGCUGCGAGUUCUGCGGGGGCAUCCUCACCUGCUGUUCCAACAAAUGUUGGCAGUGUGGAUUGGUCUGGUCAUGGCCAAAAUUCCAAAGCAGCUUCUCAAUCUUGUGUUGGAUCUCAAGCACCAUGGAUUUCACUCAGUACCAGUGCUGGUGGAUCUGCUCUUGGAUCAUCAAGAACAUCAUGUCGACCAUGGGAAAGGGGAGACCUUCUUAGGCGUUUGGCUACAUUUAAGCCUAUGAAUUGGUUUGGGAAACCCAAGGUCGCAAGCUCAUUGGCUUGUGCUCAAAGAGGUUGGAUAAAUAUGGAUGUUGAUAAAAUUGCAUGUGAAACAUGUGGAGGACACCUGCAUUUUGCUUUCUCCCCAUCCUGGGCUGCUUCUGAAGCUGAGGAUGCUGGUGUAGCUUUUUCCAAGCAGCUGGAUGUUGGGCACAAAGUUGCUUGUCCUUGGAGAGGAAACAGCUGUCCGCAAAGCUUGGUCCAAUUCCCGCCAACACCUCAAUCUGCCCUAAUUGCAGGAUACAAGGAUAGAUGUGAUGGACUAUUGCAGUUUCAAUCUCUUCCUGUCAUAGCUUCAUCUGCAGUGGAGCAUAUGCGAGUGUCUCGGGGUCCCCAGGUUGAUCGCCUUUUGUCUCAGUUGCAGAAUUAUAUGGCAGAAUUUGAAUCCAGAUCAGAGAGUAUACCAGAACUUGAUAAUUGUAUAGAUGGUGCAUUUUGUCUAUAUUCUCAUUCACAGAAGCUGAUAAGCUUGUGUGGAUGGGAACCGAGAUGGCUUUUAAAUGUUCAAGACUGUGAAGAACAUUCUGCUCAAUCAGCUAGAAAUGGAUGUUCUUUUGGCCCUAAUACAGCGCAGGUCCAUCUUUCGCAGGACCCUGGACCAAGCAAAAAUGCACUCACUUUCAAAGACACUGGAAAAAGUAAAUUGUUAGUCAUGGAGUCUAGAUCUGAAUUCAGGUUGCCUUUGUUGGACUGUAGCUUAUGUGGUGCUGCUGUCAGGAUAUUGGAUUUUUUAACUGUUCCUCGACCUGCUAGAGUUGCUCCUAACAACAUUGAUAUCCCUGAUACAAGCAAAAAAAUGGGAUUGAUUCGUGGAGUAAGUGCAGCAAGUGGAAUUAGUGGUUGGGUUGCUGCUGAUGAUCCUGAGAAAGAACUGACUGAAGACCGUGAUGAAGUAGGAACAACUGAUGAGAGAAAAUUGAUGCAAAAAACAGAUGUUGAUUUAAAUCUUACAAUGGCUGCGGGUCUGUCUUUUAAUCAGUUGGGUAGAACCACAAUAUCCAGAAAUAUGAAUGAUGCAGACAUGGGACGGGAUCUAAUGAUUGGGCAACCAUCAGGCAGUGAGGUUGGUGAUCAAGCAGCUUCGUAUGAAUCACGGGGUCCUAGUUCUCGCAAGCGAAGCUUGGAAAUAGGUGCUAGUUCAGAUGACAAGCCACAGUUACGCAUACAGCAGGCUGAUAGUGUUGAAGGAGCUGUUGUCGAUCGUGAUGGUGAUGAAGUUACUGAUGGCAGACAAUAUUCUGCUGGUCCAUCAAAACGAGCUCGUGAUUCAGAUAUUUUUGACACUUACUGCUCACCGUAUCCAAGAGAUUCAUCUGAUGCAGGUCCAAGCCAUUCAAUGGGUUUUGAAACUUAUGCAGAUGGCAAUAAAGUGGCUCUGUUUAGGCAAGGAAGCGACCAUGUUAUUGGAAUCCCAUCAGCCAGAGAUUCAACACGCGCAUCCUCUGUCAUUGCAAUGGAUACUGUUUGCCACAGUGCCGAUGAUGAUUCAAUGGAAAGUGUUGUAAAUUAUCCUGGAGAUGUUGAUGAUAUCCAUUUCCCCUCUUCUAGUACAUAUGGCCACCUUGAGAUGAAUGAUACAUCAGAGUUGAAUUAUAGUAAUCAAGGUCAGCAGAGUAUUUGUUUCCAACCAGCUGCCAAAGCAGUUCCAGGUGAAAUGGGCAUCAGCAGUACAAAUGAUGGUGAGGAAAUUUUUAAUGCUGAAACUGUGACAGCUCAGGCUAAGGAUGGGCUUAGUUUUGGAAUUAGUGGGGGGAGUGUUGGUAUGUGUGCCAGCCAUGAAGCUGAAAUCCAUGGAGCAGAUGCCUCUGUGCACAGAACAGUUAGUGUAGUUGGUGAUGUGGAACCCAGAAUAGAAUAUGCUGAAAAUCAGGGUCAAACAGGUGAAUCUGCACCAGAUCCUGGGUUGAUGGAUGAGGUUGUACCCGAUGAAAUAAAUAGGGAAGAUCCUCAUGGUGACAGCCAAGAAAUGUUGUCUCGCUCUCUACGAAGGGAUGACAGUGGUUCGAAAGUUGAUGGUUCUGCCAAAGCAGAGUCUGUUGAAAGUGGUGAAAAGAUAAGCCAAAGCUUCAAAGUAGUCCCAAAUAACAGUGUUCAUCCUUCUCUUUCCUGCAAUGCUAAUGUGCACUCUGGUAGUGAACCACCAAAUAAAGAGGUAAAAAAUGCUGGAAAAUCAUCUUCCAUAAACAAUUCUCCAUACCGAGACCCAGAGUCAGAUUAUGCUGUUGCAAAUGGGAUAGGACCGCCAAAAGGAGAAAGCAAUUAUGAAGAAACUAUAGAAUUUGAUCCAAUUAUUCAUCACAACCAGUUCUGCCCCUGGGUGAAUGGAAAUGUUGCUGCUGCUGGCUGUAGUAGCACCGGCUCUAACACCAGUGCUGAUGUUGUUGCACUUUGUGGAUGGCAGCUGACCUUGGAUGCUCUGGAUGCUCUGCGAUCACUAGGGCAUAUUCCUGUGCAGACAUUACAGUCUGAGUCAGCAGCAUCAUUAUAUAAGGAUGAUCACCAAGCUCCUGGUAAAAAGCUCCUUCGACGGAACUCAAUAAACAAAAGUUGCGGGCAACAUUGACAGUCAAGCAUAAAGACACCUGCAAUGACUAAAUCUGCUCUACUGUAGCAACAGUUUGCUUUAAGCAUGCAGCAAUGUAAUUAUGAAGUCCACAUAUGCCAAUGUCAUGUAGGAAGGUAUAGCAUUCAAUGAUUGGAGCAAAUUGGAAGCUUUUUCAGUAGUUGCUAUUGGAAUUGUUGCCAGGGAAAGUUAUGUCAAUUCUUACUCCGAUCUUAUUAAAACCUUGUUUCACGGUAAAGUAAUUUGUAUUAUUCGAGUGAGAUACUUGUCUAUACUGCAUAAAUUAUGUUUUUGCUAUCUUUAAGCAGGUUCUUCUGACUAUUAUGAAUAUUAUUAUUAUUCACUUGAUCACUGAUGUAAGUUAACAUUGCUGUUGAGAACAAAUGUCACUAGUUCUACAAUUUUCAUUUGGGAUUCUAA